UCAAUAAUGACAAGUUGUAUGAGGUUGCACUUGAGAUAAGAGAGCAUUAUGAUGAACUUCUUAUGAAAACAAAUGCUGAUGCUUUCAAGAACCUCCUGGUGACUGAUGACUAUACUCCAGUGAUAGUGGAGACUGAUCAGCACUUUCAAGGUAUUAUGGAGAUGUUCAAUUACAAGGACCUUCAGAUUCAUCAUGAGCCGCUUCCUAAGAAACUCCCCUUCUCCUCUAUGGUUAUACAGAUAUAUGAACAAAUUAAAUCUUUCAUUAGCUCAAGUUGGGGAUAUUCUGACGGCUCAAUUUAA